AUGGAUCAGAGAGCCCGCGAACCACAAAUUGAGCCCAGCUCCAGACUCUCCAAGGGAUCAGACGUAUCGCAUGGAUUCGAUGAGAGCACGCCUCGCAAACGACGAAAGAUCGCUCUCGCUUGCGAUCAAUGCCGAGUGCGGAAAACUCGAUGUGACGGUGUGAAACCCGUCUGCGGAGAGUGUUUGCAACGAGCCAACCGCUCAGAUCCCUGCAGAUAUAAAAAUGCACAGACAGAUCCAGAGCAAGAAGAGUACGUCCGAAGCCUGCAUCUUCGAAUCCAUCAAUUGGAAUGCGCAAACAUCUCCUUGAAAAGCCGACUCAAGACUUCACAGUCUGGAGACACGGGCCAAGCAGCUGGAUUGACGGUCACGCCAGUUUCCGAGAACGCUGCUCAACAUGUAUUCACGAAUCCAGCUCCCCAGCCGGCAGCACCGCCCCCAACGCGUGCACAUUUGCAGGAGGAAGAAGUCGGCCCAGUGGACGCUAUGGGCGCCAACUCGACCAUCGAACCCGAUGACCAAGGGCGCGACAGUAGAUACUACGGAAGCUCAUCCACCGUGUCAUUCAUGCAACAGGUUUACGGGACCGUCCUCAACGGCGGCACAUCCUCCAACUCUGCUUCCCAGCUAGGGAACCCACCUCGAAAAAAUGCUGUUGCCAAACGUGACAGGGUCUGGGUCCUCCAAGACAUGGAACAACUUUCUUUGCUUCCACGACCACUGAUGGACCGCGCGUUGAAUUGCUAUUGGGAUAGGGUCUAUCACUUGUAUCCCUUCAUCCACAAACCCACUUUCAUGCGCGCAUAUGAACAGCUAUGGCAGCCCAAUCCAUCAGAAAGCGAGCUCAACACACCUGAAGCCGGACUUGGUGGCUCCCUCGAGUACGGCCCCCAUAGUACCGUCUUCCAUUGUGCAUUAAACGCAAUGCUCGCGUUGUCAAUGCAGUUCAUGGACACGCCCCUUAACGAUCGCCGGAAACUCGAAGACUUGUUUGCCAAGAAGGCACGAGACCUGUGUCACCUCGACCUACUCGACGACGGUUCUCUAGCUGUCAUCCAGACCCUACUCAUCAUGACACAAUACCUCCAGUCGACGCCGUUUCCCAAUCGAUGCUGGAAUUGCAUCGGCAUCACCUGCAGGCUCGCGCAAAGCCUGGGCUUGUACGUUGAAACCCUUCAAGCAGUGAACAGAAUGAGCCCCCUGGAGGUCGAAAUGCGCCGCCGAGUCUGGUACGGCUGCGUCACGCUCGAUGCAGUGGUGAGCAUGACGCUUGGACGACCGCUCAUGCUCAGCAACUCGAACCACAUUCCUCUCCCUCAAGCCGUAGACGACGAAUACCUAUCGAGUCCGGACCGCCAGCCUGCUGGGCAUGUUUCGUGGGUGGAGUUCUUUGUCCAGACCAUCAAACUGUACAACAUGCUCGCCGAGGUUGUGUCGCACAUGUAUACGAUUUCUCCUUCAAGACAAGCGAACCCUUCUCGCAAUAGCGAAAAGUGCACCGGGUUUGGUAGCUUUGCAUUCAUCCAGGAGAUGGACACCGCAAUAUCCGCGUUCGAGGAUGGGAUUCCUGAUCACCUCCAUUGGGAAAGGAGACAACGUCUACCAAUGCAUAUCAAGGCUGUCAAAGUCUUUGAAAUGCAGACAUCGGUGUUGCUUGCACGUUUCUUGCAUCUUCACAUCUUGCUUUACCGUCCUGCAUUGACUCGCUACUGCCAGCAAGUCUGUGCUCGGGAGGUUUCGAAGACCCCGAUCUGUGAAGGAAUGAGUACUCGUAGGAGCGAUGUUUCGCUCAUCGUCGCUCGCGGCUUGACCACGGCGUGCGUCGACAACUCCAUCCAUUUGAUCGAACAAGUCCACCUUCGCUCGACCACGGCAGCGACAGGCGCCUGGUGGUAUAAUCUGUACUAUGCGCGAACGGCAGGCAUAGUCGUUCUGCUUGCGAUGAUCUGCGAUAGCAUCAUAGAGUCCGCCGGCUGGGCGAAGCUGGCAGAGAGCUGGAAUAAAUGCAAAGGCACCCUUUCCGCUCUGCAAGUUUUCAGCCCUACAGCAGCAAGCUGUCUACGUGGCAUGGAAAAGCUUCACCAGCAUAUUUUGAUGUACAAGCACAAGCAGAACCUUGAAGCCAGCAUGAACUUUGGGGUCGACCUCAACGCCAGUACCACUCCCAGAGUUGGCGAAGAGGAUUUGCUUCCCCAACCGGAGACGAUCGCCCACAGACAACCUUUCGAACCCAUCAACGAAGAGCUGUUCGAGGAUCUGGGCAAUCUUGACUGGCCAAAUUAUUUGGAGGCAUCCAUGCUGGACGAUAUCUUUUCCUUUGAUUUUGCAAACAUGAACCCUUCAGCCUGAGAUGGAUGAAGAUGUGAUCACCGGACCAGCAGCCGAGAAUACGAAAAUUUCCAGAAAUACCAAUAACACCCAAUGUGCUCACCUAGCGAUAGAUGGCCACCGGGGAAAGCAACGCAUGAGAGCCCAAUAGCCCAACGGAUCCAACCUGCAGCCACUCAUCACGGCAAGCGUCAUCCCAGAGGUCCUUUGCACUUAUAGUGCGAGAACAGGAGUCUGAAUGGGCCUUCGGGCGAUCCGUCACCAGCACUCUGUUGAGGCGAACGAACAAGGAAUCUCCCGCUAGGAAUCCCGACGACGCUUGCUUGUCUCGAGGGCCAUCUCAAAUCUGCCUCACGGGCGUCGGAAAUAAGCAGUCAGCGGAUUUCCACCCCGACACCCAUUGCUGAUACCAUUUAGGUACGUCUUCGUCGGAAGUCCUCCAGAAUGGUGGUCUCUCGAAAUUUCGGAUCAGAGCGCAAUCGUGCGGCAAAAGAUGACUGAAAACCGAUUCCAACUCGUAGUGGUGGGCGUUUCGCGGCAGUGCAUACCACUCAGGACGUUCGUCAGGUUCCAUGGCCCAGCAAACCGUGGUACGCACGUUGAUGAAGUCGCUCUGCCAAGAAGUCUGUCCAUUUAGGAUAUGGGGGAAGCCGGUUGUAAUCGAGAGGCUCAGGAUUCAACGCGACGACGAAGCGAUGGCCCAGUGCGAUAUGUUCAAAUGCGUCGGCUCGAACAAAGUAACUUGUAGUCGCAAGCUCCUCAAAAGGUUGGUGACGGUGGAACUUUUCCACCAUCUCUAUAGCGAACAUGGAUUCCUCCAACACAAGAUCAGGCUGCUCGGGUUGCUUGAGAUUCUCCUGGACAGACGGAUCGACCAAGUAAAACGGUCUCCAAGUCUCCGUAUCAGUUGUAUGCUUGAGCUAGGGGUGUGGUCUUCCUUCCGGACGAUUCCCUCCAUGACCCAGCCUCGCCUAACAUACUUGCGCAGCAGAGUCUCGAAGUAAUCGUCCAUUGGUUUCAACAUAUGCGUCUUCUUCUCUAGGAGCGUCUCUCUAGGAAACAAGGAGUAUGCUUUGUUCCAUGCGACAAAUGUUGACCACGGCGGUCGUGUAAAAAUUGGCGAGGAUAGCCUGGAUAGGCAUGUGUUUGGUGACUAUGAGCUGGAUUUUGGCCUGUGUCCGAUCGAGUCCUUUUAGGCGCUUAUAGGUCCUGCACUUCA